AUGCUGAUCAUAUCAUAUGACCAUAUCAGUCAAAGGAUAUUUUUUGAUGAAGCUGUGGUGCAGGUGGCCGGUAUGAUGCUGCUGCGUGUGAACCUUCGUGCAGGUCUCCUCGCACUCGUGACUACGGCUCUUCUGUUUAUGAUCCUAUGGGGACAUUGCGGAGACAUUAGCAGGUUUUCCAGGCCCAUACUAUCGGCUUCCCUGACAGAACGUGGGUCAAAUGCCGCAAACGAUGCCAUCGAAUGUUCCAUCAAUGGCGAGUACACAGUCAUGUGUCGCCGAGACACCGACAGGGACGAAGUCUUUGUACCAUUCUCACUGGUACACAAAUACUUCGAGAUUUACGGCAAAAUCACAUCCACGGAUGGAGUUGAUAAAUUUGAAUGGUCGCAUAGCUACGGUAAGAUAUAUCAUCCAAAAAAGAAGUAUGAUCCUCUAGGCACCUUUACGACUUUCGAAAACUACAAUGUAGAGGUGAGAGACAGAGUCAAAUGCAUCAGUGGAAUCGAAGGGGUCCCAGUUAGCACCCAGUGGGAACCCAGAGGUUUCUUCUAUCCAACUCAAAUUGCCCAGUUUGGUUUGGCUCACUACAGUAAGCAUAUUAUAGAGCCAGACCCAAAGAGAAGAAUAAUUGAUGAUGGAGAGAAGCAUCUAGAAAACUGGAUUGUAAGUAAAGAUGCUUAUAUGGCGCGAGACUAUGACAAUUCAGUGCAGUCAAAUGUUAUAAGAUUUUCUACGUCAGACCAUAUUUCAAGCCAGGUCUGGUUGAAAGUAAAUUUGAGCCAAGAUUUUGUCCUAAGUGUUGAUAUACAAAUGAAGCCAAAUUCUUCUAUGACUGUUGUGCUGCAGAAUAAAGAUAAGAAGGAAACUGUUUAUUUGCAUUAUAUAACGAGCAUGCAGUUGAUAUCUGCUCAGGAAGACCACAUAUCCUACGGAGUAGGAGUUGAUCCUAAUUGGAAACGAAUCACGCGCGACCUGAUCAUAGACAUGCAGAAAGGUUGGGCACUCCUGGACAAGCCCAAACGCAGAUUGCCCAGAAAUAAAUUCAAGAUAUCAAGCAUAAUUUUAAGCGGCAGUGGUUCCCUGGACAACGUGACGCUGUCGAGCAGCGAGCACAUGCACAUGUUCUAUAACGCGGCGCGCUGGCUGUUGCGUGCGCAGAGCGCGCGCUCCGGAGCGUGGCCCAUACCCGUGCGCCGGCGCAUGGCCGCCGGGGUCGCUGAACUCAAGCCUGGCUGGCAUUCGGCUAUGAGUCAAGGACACGCGAUCUCCCUUCUCGCUCGCGCGUACCACGCCAGUGGAGACGCAACAUAUCUUCAAGCCGCAAAACGAGCGUUGUAUCUACUCGACGUGCCGAGCCACGCUGGUGGAGUCAAGGCCAUGUGGAUGGAUAAAUACGUGUGGUAUGAAGAAUACCCCACAAAACCUCCACUGUUUGUUCUAAACGGUUUCAUAUACACUCUCCUCGGUCUUUAUGAUCUACACAUCAUUGAGGGUGAAAACUCAAUAUCUUUGGCGAAGAAAAUGUUCGACGAUGGUAUGACCUCACUGAAGAAUCUUUUACCACUCUUUGACACCGGCAGUGGCAGUUUCUACGACCUGAGGCACUUCACUCUUGGAGUCAGCCCUAACAUUGCCAGGUGGGAUUACCACGCCACUCACGUGAACCAGUUGUACCUACUCGCAGGCUUAGAUAGUGACCCCAUAUUGAUAAACACAGCAAAGCGAUGGGAAGGUUACAUGCAAGGUAAACGAGCUGCUCACAAUUGA